AUGGGCCAACACCACGAGGCAGUCACGAUCACGAUCACGUGGACAAGGCCGCAGCGGAUGGCCCGAACCCCCACCGAGACAAAGCGACGACCAUCGUGGCAAUUCUGCCUUGACCACUUCCUAUCAUCAACUGCACUUCAGACACCGUCUUCAGCCUACACUGCACAGGACAUUAGCGGCGGCCAGCCCCAUACAGACCACAUCCACUCACCCAACAUAAACGCCACUCCCAGGACAAUGCCAAAUCGCAUUGCAAUCGACAAAAAGCUCCAAAGCACACUCCUGUGCAACGUCCAGGACCUUGUACAGCACGUCUUCCCGAGUGACGUCUGCAAGAUGUCGCUAAUGGAUCUGGCCGACGAUCUGGUGAAGACGCACCACGACGCAAGCGCCAAACGCUGGCGCCUCUGGCCGCGCGGCGACAUGCCAUUCGCCGAAAAGACCGCCAGCUUCCUCAAUCGCCUCGCCAAAGGCAUCAGGGCGUCCUGGAGAAGGCACGGCGUCGACAUGACCAACCUCCCCGUCCGCUUCUGGCACGGUAACACCGACUUCGAAGGCUUGAUCGGCGAGUCUCGCGCCCCGCCGACCCUCGUCCUCUGGGAUACCGCAAGACCAUUCUUCUGGGGCCACGCGCUGGCCAUCGGCUCGGCCGUAGAGGGCCUCGACGAUCCCAACGUCUAUCACCCACUGCAGGGCAUCGCUGACGCCGCGGGCCCGCUCAUGUCGCUGCAGCCAACGCGCCUGUACAAGCUGGCACUUGACAUGCACAGCGAUGCCAGGCGUGGAGAGAUGUUGCGCCUGAUAGCCUUCGAUCGCGCAGGGCUCGUGCUCUCGGAGAGCUUCCCCCUCCACGACCCCCGCUUCGCCCCGUACAUCGUCCGCAUCGUCGCGGGCAUGAUGUUCGCGCCGCACCAUCGGCUGGGGUGGGACGCGACCAUCUACCUUCGCGACGACAAGUUGUUCGCGGAAGCGGGCGUCAAAGACGCUGCGGAAUACAUCGACGGCGAGGAGGACGAUGCUGGCACCGAAUUCGAGAUCCUCGAACGUACAACGCGCGAUCCACCUCCCAAGCUACACCAGAAAGCGACGACAUGCUAUCGAGUGCGCGGGCCCGAUGAGCGAGACUAUGCCUUGAGAGGGGCCUGGGACGAGUCCUGCGACCCUCACGGCUACCAGAACGAGCUCAGGACUGCUAAGCUCCUUGGUCACGUCGAGGGCGUCGCGGAUAUCGUCGCUAGCGGCGUCGUGAGACAGAACGGUAGAUUGCAAACGACGGAUGGAUUGCGAAGCUGCCUUCAGGAAGAUGACACGGAUUUCGACAAGUUCGUCAAGUCCACCUGGCGGACGCACCACCGCGCGCUUCUCUUUCCAUUCUGCGAGGACUUGUCCCUAUUCAGGAAUAGAGGGGAGUUACUGCAUGUUCUCUGCGAUGGCGUUGCAGCCAUAGGGCGGUUGGAGAAAAGGAGGAUACUGCACUGUGAUAUCUCCUGUAACAACGUCAGGAUAUGGAGACCGCCCUCCGGCCGCGUCCGCGGCAUGCUGAUCGACUUGGAGAAGGCGUGCACACUGAACGCGAAGGGGGAGAACUCCGACCAGAUCUUGACGGGUACCGUCAUCUUCUUCUCCGUCGGCGUCUUGCAGAAAGCAGUCCGCGGCGUGAAGGACGACCUCGAGUCACUCGUCUACGUCCUCAUCUACAUCUGCACGAUAUACGAGGGCCCUGGCGGCGUCGCGCGCAGGGAUAAGUCCUGGAGGGACUUCGCCAUCAGCUGCUGGGACAAGACCAGCGCCGAGCACGUCGAGCACAAGAUGGCGCUGCGCCGGAACGAGGAGGGCGCGAUUGACGGCGUCCUCAAAGAUUUUACACCGUACUUCGCGAGCUUCAAGCCGCUGGUGCGAAGAUUGUUGCUGAAGAUGGGCGAGGUCGGUACGAAGGGGCUGACGUGUCAGAUGCUUUUUGGCAUUCUGGACGGGGCGCGGCAGGUGCUUGAGACGCCAGUGGAUGCCGGGGCCGACCCGGAGACGCCCAAGGAGAGCGUGACGAGCGAGACGACCUUGUGCAGCCCGGUGGACACGGUCGAGGAGAAGGAGCUGGAGGACAACAAGGAGAACGAGGUCCCCAUCAUCAAACUCCUCGAAGGCGUGCACGGACGGCGACGCAAGCGAUCCAGGGUUGAGUCCAGCGAUGAAAAUCUGCCCGGAGAGGUGGAAGAGCACAAACCGAAGCGCGCACGGGUCUUGCGGGAUAUUCGGGACGAGGAUGCUUAG